CAGUUAGUCUUAAGUAAACAUCUCGCUUUUAUAAGUAUCGCAUUUCUGUAGCCACACGUUUCAUUAGUUCGUUCGAAAUAUGGAAGAAUUAAAGUAUCUAUCCGGCUUUGGUUCGGAAUUCUUGAGUGAAGAUCCGAGAAGGCCUGGUGCCUUGCCUGCGGGUCAGAAUAGUCCACAACAAUGUCCGUACGGGUUGUACGCGGAACAGCUGUCUGGCAGCGCUUUUACAGCUCCCAGACAUGAUAAUAAACGAUCCUGGUUAUAUCGAAUUCGCCCUUCAGUUGUUCACAAACCGUUCAAACGAACAAACAUCGCUAAAUAUAUGACACACAAAUGGGAUGAUGUCGAACAAGAUCCGAAUCAGUGUCGCUGGCUCCCCUUUGACUUACCAUCAGCGGAACAAGACUUUGUGGCCGGCCUGCAUACGGUAUGCGGCGCGGGCGAUCCUCGCGCCAGACACGGCAUCGCCAUCCACGUGUUCUUGUGCAACACUUCGAUGGACAAAAGCGCAUUUUACAGCAGCGAUGGAGACUUACUUAUUGUGCCGCAACAUGGAACCCUAAAUAUAACUACGGAAUUUGGAAAAAUGGUUGUGUCUCCAAACGAAAUCGCUGUCAUACAACUUGGAAUGCGAUUUGCUGUUGCGGUGGAAGGACCGUCUAGAGGAUAUAUUCUGGAAGUAUUCGACGGGCACUUCAAGCUACCUGAUCUGGGACCGAUAGGUGCUAAUGGUUUGGCCAACCCGCGAGACUUUCUCACGCCUGUGGCACAUUAUGAAGAUAAGGAUAUACCUGGUUUUAAAAUCCUGAACAAGUACCAGGGUGCCAUAUUCGAGGCGGAACAGAAUUAUUCCCCUUUUGAUGUAGUGGCAUGGCACGGGAAUUACGUGCCCUACAAAUACGACCUCAGCAAGUUUAUGGUUAUCAACUCAGUUUCAUUCGAUCAUUGUGAUCCGUCAAUAUUCACCGUAUUGACAUGCCCUUCAACAAAGCCAGGCGUAGCGAUUGCUGACUUCGUGAUCUUUCCACCGCGCUGGUCCGUGCAAGAGAAUACUUUUAGACCACCUUAUUACCAUCGUAAUUGCAUGAGUGAAUUCAUGGGUCUCAUCUUGGGGUCAUACGAGGCCAAGGAGGGAGGCUUCCUGCCUGGCGGCGCUUCUCUGCACUCCAUGAUGACGCCACACGGACCUGACACAAAGUGUUUCGAAACUGCUUCUAAAGCGGAAUUAGUUCCACAAAAAAUCGCUGUUGGCACUCAGGCAUUUAUGUUUGAAUCUUCACUGAGUAUGGCCAUCACCAAAUGGGGCCUCGAAACCUGCCAAAAACUAGACGCGAAGUACUACGAAUGCUGGCAAGAACUACCCAAGCUCUUCUCUGACAAAAUAAAUGUUCAAAGUUAAUAUGUUUUCUUUUUUAUAAAAA